GUUUCCUUUUACAACCUGUUAUCUUUUCACCGAGGAUAAGGUUACAGGUGAUGCUCUCCAUCACCUGUUGGGGUGUGUUAUUAACCUCUAGCGGAGCAGCAAUGUCGGCUGGCUAACAGCGUGGCACAAAAAUGAGCACCCGGAGAUGAUUGUUGUCGUGUUUGUUAGGUUUUGACGAAUGUAAUGGAAAGCGAAAACCAAACUACUGAGAGAGAGAGACAGCCUCAACACUGGAGAAGUUGCAAGUUGAUUAUAGAUCCUGCGCUGACAAACGGGCUAUACAAAGUCUGCCGUUAUGAUGGACAAUACUUUAACCUGCCGGUUGAGGACUUAGGUCUACUUCCUGUGGUCACAGUCAGAGAUCCGCGCAUCUGCCGCCUGUGGAGCAAGCACAACAAAACAGACCUCCUGGUUCCCAAAUUUAAGAUUGAUGAAUGGUACGUUGCUCCUGUUCCUCCCAAAGAAGUGACUUUUUCUAAGUUGAACGACAAUGUGAAUGAGACUUUUUUGACUAAUAUGUGCAAAAAAUAUGGGAACAUUGAAGAACUGGAGAUAUUUUAUAAUCCCAGAAACAAGAAGCAUUUAGGGAUUGCAAAGGUCACGUUUGAUACAGUAAGGGCUGCAAAAGACGCUGUCCAGCAUCUGCAUGAGACAUCAGUGAUGGGAAAUAUUAUUCAUGUGGAACUUGAUCCUAAAGGUGAAAAUAGAGCUCGAUAUCUCCAGCUCUUAUUAAGUGGGCUGUACACACCUUGGACGCUGCCGGUGGGCAGCAGUGAACGUUCUCUUCAGAGCUUAAUCGACAGUUUGCUGGGAAGCUCAGCCACACAGCAACUGGGAAUGCUCUGCAGCCCCACCAGCAUUGCUACACCCCUCUCUCUGGACACAGCCUACUCCAGUAUUUGUCAAGACACACCUUGCAGCUUUGGGCUUACACCGCGUUCUCAGGGAACCCCCCGCACUCCCAGUUUGUCUGCGACUCCUCUCUCCUCCCAGGACUCCUGCUACUCCAGUCUUCAGGCGACUCCUGUCCUCCAGGGGGAACCCUCCGCCUCUAGUGUUCACAAACUUUUAAGACAAGACCUUUGCCAUCGUAGACCUGCCAAGCAGCACAGGGGAUGUAGCCAAGUCUCAAAUGUUAGCAUAAUUUUGAAGCAGUUCCAGCCACAGUCAUUGCACCCCCUUUCAACCAGAAAACAAACUAGCUGCCAGCAGCUUGCACUGUGGAGUCACAGUGCACAAACCUCUUCUAACAAUAAUGAUGAGUCUUCCUUUAAUCUUGCCUCCCCUUUUCAGGAGAAUGAAGAUGUUGUUAAUACUAGUUGUCCAUCUUCACCUCUGAACAGCAACACUUUCAGCAUCCUGAGCAUUAAUUUCUCAGCUGACCAGCAAACUAUAGCAACCUCUCUGUCUGAUAACCACCAGCCAGAGGCAGCUGUAUCAAGUUUAGACUCCCGCAUUGAAAGUUUGCUGAUAAACAGCCAGAUUGUUGACCCCUUAUACUUUGAUAGAAAGACUUUGGAGGCUGAUGCACACUCUCAAGACAGCCCAGCUUCACCUGGCUCACCUCUUAAGGUCGCUUCCUCAGACGACUCACUGUUUUGUGACCCCAUCACAAGCAGCCACCAGGGCCCCCACAAUAAUGUGGUGGAUGAAAAUGAAGACGAUGAAACUACUCAAGCUGUUUCAUUCCUUACAAGAAUCUCCCAGUCUCCCAGUCCAUCAUAUAUUGGAUAUUUAGAGAGCAGAACACACAUAAACAAUAAAGGUGCAGAGAGGGUCCAGCCAUUGUCAUGCCCAAAGCAGCAUCAUGCAGCAUAUGAGGAUAGGGAGCAUUCAAAUAAUAGACUGUCUGAAGUGCUGACACCAGCUGAAGACCUCUCACUGCCUGAGCCUCCAUCUGGUUGUUCUUCUAGUGCCACUGCUCAACAGCUUAUCCCGAAAGCUCCUCCGACUGUUACAGCUGGACACCCCCAACCCCCAGCACCCCCUUUCCUUUUCCCCAUUCCUCCAUUUGCCCCCUCUCUUCCACCUGUUCCACCUCGCCUGCCAGACGGCACUAUUCCCAUCCCACCUCCAGGAUGGAUCCCACCUCCGGGCCAUAAAACUGCCAUCCCCAUUCCUCCUCCCCCCAUUCCACCUCCUACUUCAAUUCCUCCCCCACCAACUUUCCUGAGACCCCCUCCACCUUUGAUAGUGCCACCCUCUAUUCCACCUCCUGUGCACAUGUACCCCUUACCCAUGCAGCCUGCAUGUCCUUUGGAUAAGGGAAAUCCUCCAAGGCAUGGCGGUGCACCUUCAUUAUUCCCUCCACCACCCUGGCCUGCACCUCCUUUUCCAAGGUUUAACCCCUUUGUGCCACCACCGGACUACCUGCCCGUGCGGGUAAACCCCAAUAAGGUCACAACAGAAAAAGUUUUAGAUAUCCUCAUGGAUGAACUGAAGUCAAUCAUUAAGAAGGACAUUACGCGUAGAAUGAUUGAAGGAGUCGCUUUCAAGGCAUUUGAGGAGUGGUGGCACUGCCAGGAGAAGGAGACAAAGGUGCAAGCUUCUCCUCUGAAAAGUGGAGCGACAAGAUCGGAAGAGAGGAACAAAUUCCUAAAUCCCCUCAGUAACAUCGGUGAGCAGAGGAAAAAACCACCACUGCCUUCAUUCAAGGUAAAAAGGCAGAGGUCAGAAGGAACAGGAGAUGACUCAGGUUCUGCUCUUGGUCGUUGUGAUGUGAAAAAAGGGGACGACAUAGUGAGAACGUCAUCCGAGAGAGCCAAACGUAGACACGCGAGGCCACUAGACCUGGACAGUGAUGAUGAUAAUGGUGAAGAUGGGGAAGACGAUAAUACACUUCAAGAUAAUGAAAUGAUACCAGACAAAGUGAAGGUUUUUGUGCCAGAAGAGGAUGAGCCACAAAUCCUGUCUGACAGAGAUGAUCGUGGUGGUGGUGGUGAUGAUGAUGAUGAUGAUGACGAUGACAGUAGUCAUCCUGUGGAAGAAAAUGAGCUGGCAGAAGAACUGAUGGAGGAUCAAGAUGAUGGAGAGCAGUGCUUAGAUUGUGAGAUUUUUUCAGAGAGCAGUUCCUUGGAGGAAAGUGAGCACACGUCAGACUCCGACUCUUCAGAUUCGUUGUUCUCAGAGGGCUUUAGGGAUACGUCCUCUGACCUGACCACUGAAGGUGAAGACACUGAGGAGGACAGUGAGGACACCAGGAGUGACGAGUGUGUGGUGAUCUCAUCAGAUGAAGAUUCAGCGGAGCUCGAGCUCCCUCCUACCCCCUCAGCCCCGCUAACCCCUGGUGCUCAGCUGGAUCUGAACCAGGAGGGCUGGUCAGAUCUGUUCCAAAGGCAGGAAAUGGAGGAGAACCUGUAUACAUCCUGCCAAGAAGACAACUGUGACUUUGAUGCCAUGAUGGAGCUAAAUGCCAGCGAAUCCCAGGACCUGCAGCCCCGAUCACCUCUAGGACUCUCAGCAGUGGAGCCAGACCUUGAUGUGGAGAUGGAAAGCCCUGGAUGGACAGUGGAGUCUCCAGAGAACAUAAAAAACCUGAGGCCUCCCACUCCUACUGGCUACCUGGUGGACAGUGACCCUGACGUGCUUUUAAAAAGCAGACCAUCAUCUCCAGCUGUGGAGGAGGAGGAACGACCACCAACACCAGGCAAGGGGAUAGUGGCUGAACUGGAAAGUGAGGAUUCAGAGAAAGUUCUGUCCCUCUUCCCAGCAAGCUGUGGACUCACUCAGCUUUCCUCUGAUCUCCUCAUGGCAUCACACCCUUUAUACCAGGAGAUGCCUAAGACUCCUGGUAGAGAUGAAAGAAGUAUAUGGACUCAUUACAGCUCAGGAAGAGCUCCUGCAACACCUGGAAGAGGGUCAGCAGAUUUAGAAUAUAGCACAGUGAGCCCACCACCUUUCCAAUCCCUGCCCAGCAAUUCAUACAUCACACCCCCAAAAACUCCAGGAAGAGACAUUAUCCUACCUCGAAGAUCAAUAGUCCACAAGAGGAAAUCACAAAUGGUAGCCACAUCACUGCCUCUGUCAUGUAACAGCUUUUUCAGAGGUUCUCCCAUCACAGUGUCCUCCCCAUGCAGUGUCUGUGAAUCUGUGGCCGACAGUGUUGAUGGGAGGGAUGUACAGAUCCGUUCAGGUGUGAGAGCAAAGCCCUUACAGGGACUGGAGAAUAUGCCUGAACUGUUGGACAAAGAGAAAACCUUACUGAGGCAAAAACGGUGGAGGAGGCUGAAGAAGAGAAGGCGAGCCCGUCACUGGCAGAGAUCAUUGAAAAGAAUAUGUUCAUUCUCCUCUCACAGCCAUCCUCACAGGUGGCGUUCACCCUGUGAGGAGAGGAAAAUCCUUCAUAGUGUUUGGAAGGAUGGCCUAGAUGAAGAAGAUGCAAGGUUUCUGCAGUGCACCUACGAAAGGCUGCAGGCGCAGGAUGAUGGCUCUGGGUGGCUCAGUGACACCCUCUGGAUACCUCAUCCUCUGACUAAGAUCCAUGCAGAGAAGAGUGAGGAACACAAACCCUGGCAGCCAAACCACAGAACCGGCUCUGCACGUAGUGAAGGUUUUUACAAGAUCAGCAGGAAGGAUAAAAUGAAGUAUCUCAACAGCACGAGGCUGGCUGCAGAGCUUCCAUCUACAAGUGCUCAGCAGGGACUGUGCAUCCCAGCCCAGCAACCGUCUUCACUGCGUGCUGGAUCUGACUUCAGGUGUGAACAGCGCCGCCUGCUGUCUUCUUUCAGUUGUGACAGUGACCUGGUCAAGUUCAACCAACUCAAGUUCCGGAAGAAGAGGAUUCGUUUCAGCAGGAGUCACAUCCAUGAGUGGGGCCUGUUUGCCAUGGAGCCUAUAUCUGCAGACGAGAUGGUGAUUGAGUAUGUGGGCCAAGUCAUCCGGCAGGUCAUUGCCGACAUGAGGGAGCAGAGAUACGAGGAGGAGGGCAUUGGAAGCAGCUAUUUGUUUCGGGUGGAUCAGGACACCAUCAUUGAUGCUACUAAAUAUGGGAACUUAGCCAGGUUUAUCAACCACAGCUGCAAUCCUAACUGCUACGCAAAGAUCAUCACAGUGGAGUCUCAGAAGAAGAUAGUUAUAUACUCCCGCCAACCGAUAAACGUCAAUGAAGAGAUUACUUAUGACUACAAGUUUCCCAUUGAGGAAACAAAGAUUCCUUGUUUGUGUGGUGCAGAAAGCUGCAGAGGCUCCUUGAACUAAUCAUCUAUUAAAUGACCUGAUUAUGUUAAGAGCCAAAGUGACAAGCUAAACUCAAAAAGUCAUUUUAAUGAUGUCCAGUCAGUACAAUCAGAAACUU